AUGACUGCCCGCGCUGAAUGGCCAGAUGUCGAAAAAGAACUUUCAACUACUGUGUUCCAGAGAAGUGACUUUCAGGAAACUGUUUUUAAUGCUCGAGAUGAUGAGGUACCCGAGACCACAAACAUGGUUGAGAUUUCUUUCAUACAAAAAAUGAUUCGGAAAGGCCUCAGUGCAUCAUCAAACGAAACAAUUGAGAUUCGGCGUCAAGAUCCUGCAUCACCAUUACAUUCUUGUAAAAAAUUUGAAGAAUUGAAUCUGAAAGAAGAAUUGGCUAGAGCACUUUAUGCCAUGGGUUAUAACGUGCCAUCGAAAAUUCAGGAAGCGGCCUUGCCUGCGUUAUUAGCUGAUCCUCCACAAAAUGUAAUAGCACAGUCUCAAAGUGGUACUGGAAAAACUGCCGCUUUUGUGCUGGCGAUGUUGAGUCGGGUCGAUACUACAAUGAAACAUCCACAGGCCAUAUGCCUAAGUCCCACUUACGAAUUAGCUAUACAAACAGGUAAAGUGGCCGCUCAAAUGAGUCAAUACUGUCCUGAUAUAUCGAUCAAAUACGUUGUUCGGGGCGAAUUUCGCAGAGGUCAAAAACUUACAAACCAUAUAUUAAUUGGCACACCGGGUAAACUAUUAGACUGGGCAUUAAAAUUUGAUAUGUUUGAUAUGAACAUGAUUAAAGUGUUUGUCCUGGAUGAGGCUGAUGUCAUGAUUUCGACUCAAGGACAUCACGACCAGUGCAUACGAUUACAUGCGAAACUUUCACCCAAUUGUCAAAUGUUAUUGUUCUCCGCAACAUAUGACCAGGCUGUGAUGGAAUUUGCAGAAAUGAUCAUUCCCAACCCAUUAGUAAUUCGAUUAUUGCGAGAAGAGGAGUCUCUGGAAAAUAUUAAACAAUAUUACGUGAAGUGUGUUGAUGAAAACCAAAAGUAUAACGCUAUCACUAAUAUAUAUGGAGUAAUAUCUAUUGGACAGGCUAUUAUAUUUUGUCGAACUCGUAGAACUGCCUCAUGGCUUGCUAAAAAGAUGCGUGAAGAUGGACAUUCUGUAUCAGUGUUGUCUGGUGAACUUCCAGUUGAGCAAAGAAUACUUAUUCUUCAGCGAUUCAGAGCUGGUGUUGAGAAAGUAUUGGUUACCACAAACGUUCUCUCUAGAGGAAUCGAUGUUCAACAAGUAUCCAUCGUUGUAAACUUCGACAUGCCUGUAGAUAUAUGCAAAGGUGCUGACUAUCAAACCUAUCUUCAUCGGAUUGGAAGAACUGGACGUUUUGGUAAACCUGGAAUUGCGAUUAAUUUGAUAGAUUCAUCGCAAGCCAUGGAUGUUUGCUUAGACAUUCAGAACCAUUAUGGUAAAAUUAUUAUAUGCUUAGACGCAGAAGAUCCUGAUGAAAUUAAAAAACUUGAAAAUUAA